AUGCCGCCUUCACUCUAUAUACAUCCUACCUUCCUCCCCUCUCCUCAGCUCAUCACAUUCGAUGAGUACAAUAAUCAACCUUCCUUGUUGGAUUUAGACGAGUACGACCCACCUCCACCACCUGAAGUGAACAUUCCUUCUUCACCUACUUUCACCAUCACUCCGACGGAAACUCUGUACGUCGGUGGAGGCAAACCAAGGGACAUCAACCUUGAAUCGCUCAACCCGGAGGCUCGAGCGUUCUACCCAUCAACACCUCAACCCAUCUUGCUAUCAUCUCAAGGCAAUCAAGAAGAGCUUGACAGGUUGUUCUCGCUGUACACCAAUUCAUCUUCACCUUCCCCCUCACCAUCACCAUCACUAUCACCGUCACCUGUUCCGACGCCUACAGGUACGGCCACUAAAACGAAACAAAGGAGGAAUUCUUCAUCUUCGACACUAUCACCUCGCGAUCGAACCAAUAGAAGGAGAAGAAGAUCAAAGUCAAGUGUCACUUCUUCCGUCAAGUCGAUCUCUCCUACAGUAUCCCCUCGCAGGAAAGCCACCACAAGGGCCCAGAAGGGGCAACCUCUGGUUGAGUUAGAUCACAUAGGCUCGUAUCCACCUUCGCCCAUCUUAGGUACACCGGAUCUGACAUCAAGAUCUACUGCAAGCUCCUUCUAUCUGCCAAAUCGCCCAAACUCGGCAAGUUCACCGUUUGAUCAACCCAUCUUGAUUUCUGAUCCAUCUGAAUUGGUAGGUCUGUUCGCUUAUAGCGGUACCGCCUACCCUUUCCCUCAAGAGGUAACCGCACCAGUUGAACCUGGAGGAGGUGGUCUUAAGACUUCCGCAGCUACGAAAGUUCAGGAAGAGUUGAUUCAACUGGAAGAUCACCAAGAUAGCUUUAACCCUUUACACAAGUCUACGGAAGAACAGGAAGAUAGUGCUUUUAUUGAUCUAUUGGGGUUGAGCCCAAGUGCACCAGAAACGAAUCUGCUCGAAGAAGUUGAAUUUGAGAACAGCGAAUACGAACGGGAAGAAGAAACAUAUACACCAUAUUCAACUAUCGAUUAUAAGUAUGGUCUAGAUACGGACGAGCUGAUUGAUAUUGACGAAUUAACCGAGGAGACUAUGAAUCACGAUUCUCAGUAUGGUGGUCCGAAUGGAUCAUCGACUUGCCAAGUCCCAAAUGGCGAUAUAUCAAACUUGGAGGCCUCGUCACCUAAUUUUCCCUCUUCAUCGUCCCUAAAUCAUUUAUCAUCUUCCUCAUCCGUCCCAAGAGUGCACAACGUGUCACCCUACAAUCUUCUCUUGUCCGAACCUUCACCGCUACAUACCGUCCCCUCCAACCUUGCUCACCCAAAGCAACUAGAUGUAUUGCAAACCGAGAUCAUGCAAGCGUGGAUAUCUACUGAACCCACUCAGGAAUCGAAAGUGUUCGUAAGGAAUCUUUUAUCUACGUUGACAAGUACCAUAAAUAAGAGGUUUGGGACCAAGGAUAAUCAGCGGUUCCUGGUGGAUGUAUUUGGAAGUGUGAGCUGGGGUGGGGAGACGGGACAGGGUGGGGACUUGGAUCUAGUCAUUUUGGAUCGAGCUCAAUUACGAGGAUAUGAGCCUUCUUUAUGGCGUCAGUCUUCUGAUGACACUUCAUCAAACCGAGUACCCUCGUCUGGCAGACGAUCGGUCCCACCAGCCAUACGGGAACUGCCUAGGUGCUACUACACUUAUGAUCUAGCCAACUGCCUUCGGGAUUCAGGUAUGCGCGAGGUACAGCCUAUACCCGGGGCUAGUACCCCGAUUGUCAAAUUCAAGGAUCCUACGGGGAAGAUGGAAUGCGAUAUCAAUGUGAAUGAUCUAGGAGGAUGGUAUAAUUCUUCUCUCAUUCUUCAUUAUUGUCUCAUUUCACCUUAUCUUCUUCGCCCUAUGAUCUAUAUCCUCAAACGAUGGCUGUCCGCUCAAGACCUAAAUGAUGCCUCUGGUGCAAAAGGUCCAGCCACAAUGUCGUCAUACUGUCUAACAUUGAUGAUUAUCGGAUAUCUCCAAAACCGAGGUUGCCUACCAAACUUACAGAGGGAUAUCAACGUUCCUCCCGUCACUUCUGCAAGCGAUACCUCUGAUCCAGACGUGAUAUGGGUAUCAUGGUCCAAGCAACAAGGUGUUCCUGCUCAUGUGGCUUUCGCAUUGACACCACCGGAAGAUUGGAAAUCUGCUGAACCUGAUUUGACCGUUUCAGAUGCUGUUAAAGGGUUCUUUACAUUCUUCAGUCAUACUUCACCUUUAUUCUCUGCUGAUGCACAAGAUAAAGCUAGAUUUGAUCAUACCAAGGAGAUCAUAUCGAUCUUACAAGGUGGUGUAGCUAGUAGGGUGACGAGUGUAGGUGGAGGAAGAGUUGAAGAUCAAUUACAAAGGAACCAACUUGCUCAACAGGGAUUCACACCAGGACAGAUCGAUAGUGUGAUGGAGAUGAUGAGAGAGAGCAGGAUAAAAGGUGAAGAGAAAAUGGGUAAAGGUGAUAGAGGUAUACAGCCCAGGAAUUGGUCUGAACGGAGAUUAGUAGUUCAAGAUCCGUUUUUAUGGCAGAAAAACUGCGCUGGGAUGAUGUCGAAAGCUGGAUUAGAUCGAUUCUUCACCUGCGUUGAUCGAGCCCACGAUAUGCUGCAAGCCCAAGGGAAAUCAGCAACGAUCGAACGUCUGCUAUUCAACCCUAGUCCCAUGAUAUAUAAGACACCUACGUCAGGUCGAGGAAGAGGGUUUAGGGGUUCUCCUAUCUCGAUGCGAGGAAGGCCAGGUGGAAGAGGGUUGUGGAAUCCUUGA